GAUGAUGAUGCGGUUUUGUUGAGUUCUGGCCGGGGUUGGGUUGAACUGCCAGCUGGGGGACUGUCGUGAACAGUCGCAGCGUUGGCUCCAGCCUCCUGCGCUCAAUUCCUAGCUGGAUGAAGAAGUCGGUCUGAAUGGACAGUGAGAGGCAUCUGCGCUGGAAUAAGUGUGGAAAAGAUUACUUAAGAGACCGGAAAACCGACAAAUCUGGACGAAAAGAAGUGCCGACCAGAAUGCCAACUGGAACAAAAGAGGCUACUUCUUGUCUUCCGUCUAUUGGUGAACAGAACUAACUAGCAGCUAAAAGCUAGCUAACCUACAUUGCUGUCUUAACUAGCUCUGAAGACUCGGUUGCUUUUGUUUUUUCAAUAAAGGCAUAUUUUAAGUGAGCUUUAGCUCUUUGGAGUUUGGUGUUACAUUACAACAGGGUGCUAUAUUUAAUAGUUCAGUAUUAGCAACAGUUAAAUAGGUAGACUGGGGAGGUUAAUAGUUGGCUAGUUAUCAGUUUUAGUUAGCUCUUCGUGCUGGCGCUUGUUCAGCUGUUUCAUAUCUCACUAAUGAAGUUAUUUUAGUGUGCUUUUUUUCCUCAACAGCCACAGUGAGCUUUCGUUAGCACUUUUAUGCUACACAUCAACUGUUUUUGCGUUUCGUUUCUAUCUUGGACUCAAACUGGAUGAAGUGGAUUAUUUUUCUUGUUUACACCUGAAAGCAUCCCUUUUUUUUUUGCUUUUGCCUUAAUCUCUUUGACUCUUCAUCGCUAUGGCAGCCGUGGUCAGCUACUCGCCACCUUGGUGGGUGAACCUGCUGCACAGACUUCCCCACUUCAACUUAAAGUUUCAGCAAACAAGCAGUGAUUUCCAGCCAGAAGACUGGACAUAUCAACAGUCCAUCUUGUUGCUGGGGGGUUUGGCCCUUGCCUGUUUGAUUCUGGACCUCCUGUUUCUCCUCUUCUACUCCAUUUGGCUUUGCUGUCGGCGCAGCAAAACCUCUGAACAACCCAACGCCGACUGCUGCUGCACGGCCUGGUGCGUCAUCAUUGCAACACUCGUGUGCAGUGCUGGCAUAGCUGUUGGUUUCUAUGGGAAUGGCGAGACUUGCGAUGGAGUGAAUCGACUGACGUAUUCCCUCCGCCAUGCUAACCGCACAAUCACUGGAGUCCAAAAGCUGGUAUAUGAUAGUACGUCGUCGUUGAACCAGACAGUGGACAAAAAUCUGCAACAGCUUGAGGGCCAGUAUGCUCAGCAUGCAGACUACCUCUCUAUCAUCCAAAAGCUGCAGGGCCAACUGGAUGAGCUGGUCAGGCAGAUGGUAGAGGUUCCUUUCUGGGACAACAACCUAAUUUCUCUGGAAGAUUUGUCCACCAGCAUCGAACUGUAUGACUGGUAUAGGUGGUUGGGAUACAUCACGUUGCUACUCUUUGAUGUUCUCAUCUGCCUUCUCGUUCUGUUGGGUCUCAUUCGCAACUCAAAGGGAAUACUUGUAGUGGUGUGGUUGUUUGGUGUCGUAGCUCUUAUUAUCAGCUGGGUCUCCCUGGGGCUGGAACUGGCCGUUUCUGCAAGCUCGAGUGACUUCUGCUUUGCUCCUGAUACAUAUGUUACCACAGUAGUGGACCAAUAUGGGGUCAUUGAUAAAGAGAUCCUCCAGUACUACCUUAGCUGCAGUCCGGAGCAAACCAACCCCUUCCAGCAGAGGCUUUCAGGGAGCCAUAAAGCAUUAGUGGAGAUGCAGGACGACGUGUCUGAGCUGCUGCGCUCUGCCACCAGAGAAUACAAACAGACCAGGGGAAGUUUGGAAGAGAUUCAGGGGGUUCUGAACACCACUGAGAUCAGCCUUCAUCAGCUCACAGCGCUGGUGGACUGUCGCAGCCUGCACAUGGACUAUGUUCAGGGCAUGACAGGACUGUGCUACGACGGACUGGAAGGCCUCAUCUACCUCUUGCUCUUCUCCUUCGUGACUGCGCUCAUGUUCAGCUCCAUCGUCUGCAGCGUGCCUCACACCUGGCGCGGCAAGCGGAGCGAUGAGGACAGUGUAGAUGAGUCUCUGAGCCCCGGCGGGCGGCAGACCCAUGACAGCCUGUACCGGGUCCACAUGCCCAGCCUGUACAGCUGUGGCAGCAGCUAUGGGAGUGAGACGUCAAUUCCUGCCACGGCCCACACCGUCAGCAACGCUCCGGUCACAGAGUACAUGGCUCAGAACUCCAACUUCCAGAAUUCUCGCUGUGAAAACACGCCGCUGAUCGGACGCGAGUCUCCUCCUCCCUCUUACACCUCAAGCAUGCGGGCAAAGUACUUGGCCAACAGUCGACCCGAUCCCAACAACCCUCCUGCUCAUUAAGUCUCUCCACUCUCCACCAGUCUGCAACGCUGCACAUCUCUGAAGCCUCUCCUCAACUGAUCAGUCCCAUUUCUUCUGCUUCCUGCUUGUUUUCUCUGUAUCAGUUUAUUUGAACCAAACAUGCUUUCUCCUGCUUGGCUGAAGCAGAACCAGAGGACAUGCAUCAGAUUGCAAACUGUGAGUCAGAAGUACAGAUACACACUCCAUUGUUUAUCUUUGCACGGAUCACUAAGGGUGCUGCAACUGAACUCCUGAGCUGAUCCAAUGGACUUGAAUGAUUUUUAGCUAUAAUUCAUGGUGAUAUCAAACAUGGCGGUUUAAGUACUGUAACAUACUCUGUGUUUACUCUGGAAUCUGUAGAUAUGAUCUUUCACACUCAGCUGAGAUCUACUUGUUCCAUUGAUUAGAUUAACUUUAGCUUGUUAAGACUCUACUGUUUUUGGAGCUUGAAUCGUACUGUACUUGUGGCACAUCCAGCACACACUAACACACUUGGCUUAUAGUGACAUUCUGUCUUAAAUCUGUUGUCUGGGACCAGUUUUUCUGUGGUAUUGCAUGUUUGACCACAGUCUUGUUUCUUUCUUCUUAUUAGUUGAUUUUUUUUUUAAAUAUACAUACAUAUAUUACAAUGUGCCCCGUUUCACAGCAGUUGCUGCUCACUUGUGAAUCUCUGACCUGACGCGUGUUUUAUUUGGUUGAAUGAAACAACAAGUUGUAAAUUAAUUUUCCAGCAGAUGACUAUGAAAAAGACACAGUUAUCCUUGAAGUUGCCCUUAAACUUCAAGGGUUUAAGGAUAAGUGGGAGUUCCCUGUAUCUUAACUGCCUGUAAUGCUCUCUGUGGUUCAAACUGUUCACACAAAAAAGGAAUGCAGCAGUAAUCAUCCCAGUAGGAGUUUCGACUUGAUAAAAAUGGCUUUUUCUCCAGAGGCUUUUCUGGAGGAAAUGUAAUGCAUUUGCAAUGCCGUGCCUCAAAUGUGUUUUAGCAUUUAUAUAAUACUCAGAGAAAGUAGUGGGUGCUGUGAAAGGAUUGUGAAAUCUUCAACUUUCUGUGAAAAAAUAAAUAAAAAAUUGAAAUUCUUUUUAUGAAAAUAAUCUGUUGCAGCAUGACGAACCUUCAAAUGUGGAGUGAGUUGUUUUGUAUUUCAGCUGCCUCUGCUUGCUUCUUAAGAUGUGAUCUGUGUAAGAAGUGAUGUUGAGACUGUGCCAACAACUUAAGCACAAAUCUUUUAGUAUCUUAGUAACUUUUUAGAUUUUUUUUUUGUUUGUUUUUUUUUUCCAACCAACAGCUCCCGAGUGGCUGUAAAACAAGAAAUGAGCCUGAGUUUUUCAAAAUAUUCUUUUUCUUUGAUAAUUCACUGAUGCAGUCUGGGUUUUUGUUUUCUUUUUUGUAGUAGUAGUAUUGAUCAUUUUAUAAUGUACAGGUAAAGAUGAUUACAAAACAUUUCCGACUCUGAAAUCUUUAUUUUUUUCCUUUCUUUAGAAGGCCUGUGAUUCAUUUUAAGGCAUUUCUUCAUUUUACUUUUUAAAAAAAUAUGUAAAUAUGAAUAGAUUUGUCUUUUUUUUCUUCUUCUUUUGUGUAAUAGACUUGUUUUUUUAUACAUCAUUUUGUAAUGUGUUCUUGUAAAGGUUGUGGUCAUGUUGAAGCUUGAAUGCUGUGUUUUGAAAUUAAAGGAACUUUAACUGAA